GAGCAUGAGGAGGCGACAGUUUUCAGCCGGUCACCGCCUGCAACGAAAGCUUCCCCACCGCCCGCGUCGCCGUGACGUCACAGCUUGAGGUCCCGGGGUAUAUAAGCGCGGAGCCUCACUCGCUCACCUUCCGUCGGGUUACUGUGGAGGCGUGGUGCAGACGGUGGUGGUGGUGUUGCUCCGCCGAGUGUUGGUGUCCUAUCAGCAGCGGCUCGAGACGCAACUCAAGGACUCGAAGGACAAUUUAGCGAAGGAAUCAGUGUCUCAAGGCGUCCCACCACAAUGACUACACCGUCCAUCGUUGUCUCUCCCAGCUGCGGCGCUCUGGUGAACUACGAGCUCCUCCAAGCCGGGGUAAAGCCGCAGAGGAGCUUGUGUAUGCGUGUCCUGAGGAAAAACAGCAAAAACGCGCCUUCCGCCGCCCUCACCCCCACACAACAGGAUGCUGAACUUGGCCCUGACGACACCCGCCGGUCUCGCUCACCAUCACCUUCGGCCAAGAGGAAGGAGAUGCCCAGUCCUCACUCCCUGAAAAGAAAGUACCUGCGAAAAGUGAAGCUUUCUCCAAUGCCACACCUGUCCUUCGGUAAAGGACGGAAAGCCUCCUCCAAAGAGGCGGCCUCCGCGGCGACACCGUCCUCCUUUGAGGAGGAACUUGCAGGUCGAGAGAAUCAGUCACCCAACGACCCGGAGUUUUUGCGUCGGGCGUCGGAGCGUUGGAAGAGAAGGACGGGCGCUGGUCAGCUGCAGCCGCCCCUCCAAUUUUCUCAGAACACUGCCGCCCUGCAGCCAACCUUCCACUGGCCCUCCAGCCCAACCCAGCAGUCGGCCUUUCAGCGGCGAGUCUCCCCUCGGCCCGUCCACUACAGCCAGUCACCGUUCCAGUCAAUCCCCACCUCGCCCAACCCUGGAACCCCCUCCUUUCGCCGGUGCAACACACAGUAUUCCUCCCUCAGCAAGGCCAACACCGAGACUCCCUUCAAGAGGUCCUCACAUUCAUACACUUCGCUGAGUUCCCUUGCUCGCUCCCAUGUGGGCCUUGGGACUGGAGAUCAGGCCCCGACCAAUUCGCCCAAGCUCACCAGACCAGCGAUGCGCACUACGAAGUAUUUGGCGCCCAGUGGACCCGGCGUUGGAGGCGCGCCGCAGCUGUUUUGUGGGCGGCUGUCUUUUGAUGAUACCGUGGUUGAGGAACUGAAGAAAUUAGCCAAGAAAGAACAACUAUCAAUUCCGGAUAACUCAUCUGGAAAGGCACCGUUGCGCCGUCUCAGUGCCAGACUUAGCAGGCCUUCGCGUAGCGGCAAAUACAGUAUUAAUGGCAGCAACGUCACCAGUAACUGUAAUAGCAACAUCCCUUCUACCAACAACACCUUAAGUAACAACAGCAAAAAUCAUGAUAACAACGGCAUCAGAAGGAACAAAACAUUAAGCACCAUCUCCAGCAGCAACAGCAUUGGCAGCAUCCGCAGCUUCUAUUGUAAUGACAGCACACCGGUGGAGGUUUCCUCCUUCACCUCCUCCACCUCAUCCCAGAGUUUCGUCUCCUACUCCUCGGGCUACCUAAGCGCCCCCUCCAGCCCCGCCACAGCCCCACGGCAGAUGACCUCGCCGAUGAACUCCCGCCGAGCCCUGGGCAACACCGAUUUGGCUAAGCGCGUCACCUUUCAUGAUAUCUUCAUUGAGGAGCCUCAACUUGCUGAAAAGUUUGCAAUCAUGUUCCCGACGGAGCCGCGUCCUGAGUGGCAUCGUCACCUGCGUCAGGUGCUCAACAAGGCGGGACAAAAGAUAUUCAAGAAAAGCGAAUCCCACGACACCACCAUCCCAGAAAACUUGCGCCAUCAACUGAAACACAUCUACGUCUAUUAGCGAUACAUAGUCGUUCUAGCUCCGUUGUUCUCCCGUUACUCCCCCUCCCCAUCGUCGUUUUACUAGCCGUCCAUUCCAUUGUAUUAACUCCCAUUGCAGUUUACUAGCCCCAUUCUAAUUUACUAGCAACACCUUGUCUAAUUACCAGUUAGUAAGUCUUACUCACAUUUUAUUUAAUCCGUUUCGUUCAAGUUUAUUUCUAAUCAGUUCCUCAUUGUAUACUCAUUCGGCCUUAUUUCCUUUCCACCUGAUCAGUCUUUCCGGCCGUUCUUGCCAGCCUUACCAGCCAGACCCGCCCAAUUUGUUUCCUCCCCUCCAUGCAGUCUCAGUCAGCCCCACCUAGUCUUUCAUGAGCUGUGGCGAAAGAAAGAGUUCGGCUAAAUCGGUUGGUUCAAGUUUCAGUGCUUGAGACCAACCCACCUCACCUACAAACGCAUGCAUUCAUCAAACCUCAUAGUUUUCCCCUCUCUCAUGUUCUUUUUUCUAUUUCUUUUCAUCCUUCCUGCAGUGGCUGUCUUGGCGUUGUUUCCGAAGCGCAAAGAGCCAACCUGAGCCGGUACAGUGAGGUCACAUUUAACACACUUAUUCCCCCGCGGCUGUUGAAGCGGUCGGGUUAGCCAAAGUAUUUCCUGUGCAUAGGCUGUCUCGGGCAUCCUCGCAGUCAUUGUACAAUCUCCAUGUGCAGAUUCUACCCCGUCCCUGCAUGUGCUUUUAUCAUCCCCCUUCACUAACUGUUGGCUCUGUUCCAUUUCCAUACUUAAAGCAUGUAACUUUAUGUGUCUAUCCUGUAGUUUGAUAAUAACCUGUCGCCUUAUGUUUAGCAUUUAGUUUCAUUGUCUGUAUAUAUAUUUUUUUCUACCUGACGGCAACAGACACCAGUAGCUACAGGUUACUGGCAAGUGCUGUUUAAAUAUCAUUAGAAAUGUGAGGAAACGGCAGGCCACUGCCUUUGCUUAUUGGCAGAGCAUUUUUUUGCCUUUAGUUGCAUCAGUAUUCCUCAUAUGCUCGACGGUUUAAUUGUUCAACCUGCAUGUGAUAGACAUAGCUAGAGGCAACUCGCCUUCCCAUUCACGUCCUGUGGCACCAUCCUUCACGAAGCCGAGAUUCUCCGGCAGAUGAAAGCAACCCAAUAACUGUUUCGAAACCAGUGAGUGGGCAAAACGGGCACGAGGCGCAACGAACCUCACCAUCCCAUAAGCGCGGGUUCACGAGCCACGAGUUACCCGUUGAUCGCCCAUCGAGUCACCUGGCCCGUCGCAUGUGUCCCUCAGGACAAUGAAAAGGCUAAUAUAACCACUAUAACGACAUGUUCUCCUUCCGUCAAUUUCGAUCAUGAGAAUUAGUUGUCUUACACCCUUGGAACGUAGUGAAACAUAUUACUUCUUUUAAAUAAUUAACAGGAGUCAGACUGCCAGGAAUUCUGUUUUUAAGCAUGUUACAAGGCCAGAUAGGUAGUGUGAAAUAUUUCGGAGUGAGUACAAUGCGCCUGAGGCUGUGCGGUGUGCUGGUGCCAGCGACUUGUCCUGUCGGCACAGCCGCUAGUAGGCACAGCCGCUGUCCGUCCUCUAUAUUCACCGGUUGCAUUUCCUUCUCAGAGACUUUAUGCUGUGAUAGUGUAUGGUGACGCUUUGUUAUUCAGUGGGACUUAGUGGUGCCGUGGCGCUGGCUGGCACCCCGCUUCUGAAAGGGUGGUGCCGGAGUCACUGCAUCUGACACUAUUCUGCUGCCCCUACUCCUCUCUCCUUCCUCAUGCAUCAUUCAUUUUAUUGUUCAUACUCAAGACAUCACAGAUGCACCGUGUGUAGGCUACAUCUGAGAAAUUGUAAUGUGUGUGUGUGUGUGUGUGUGUGUGUGUGUGUGUGUGUGUGUAGGACGUGCUAUCCCCUUGUUAGUCUCGCUGUGAUGGCGCCAUGCCAGCACGAGCCGAUUGUUAGGUCGAUGGGUGAGGGGCCGCGUCCACUUCCCCUUCCAUACUCAUGUUAUUGUAUUUUAUUCCUAUUUUAUUUUAUUCAAUAUGUGUUGUUGAGGUAUGUGCUUAGUACGUCUGAGGAUGGUGUUGACACAAGGUUAACCGUGUGGUUAAGAGUGUUCGUGGGCGUUUUUUUGUCUUCUUUGUAAAUCUUUUUGAGUCCGUUUUGGAGAGAGGUAUGCACCGCAGACUGGACUGAGACACCGCAGGCCGAUGUCACGGCAGCCAGUGGAAUGUGUUGUGUUGAGGGACAUUUUGUUUUACCCAAACAGUCAUACAUAAAAAUAACUGCAAGUUUUGACUGUCCAAAAGUCACAAAGUGUCGUGGGCCGAUUUUAGGCAUAGCUCAGUCUGUGGUGCAUAUGACGCCUGACGGCAGAUCUCAGGGAACUUUAUGAUAAUAAUAUAUAAAGUGAAUUAUAUGA